CAAUCGUGGCAUCAAAUCGACGCCCAGAGACACUUAAAGAACAAAUUCUCAAAAAUCGCCGCUCAUACAUCCGACAUCACUUUGCACACCAGUUACUGCCAGAAGAAUCUCAGUUUAAACAAUUAGUAUUUGAAAAAUUUGGAAGUAAAGCCUGUGCUGAGUGUUAUACCAUUAGCUCAGGAACCGACGAAUUUCGGCAUUUUUUCGACGCGUUAGCACACCUCGAUUGUUGCGUAUCACAAUAUACGAUCGACGCGUUCGAACAGUUUCGACAAGAGAAAACGCGAGAAAAUAUGCUUGAGUUAUUCAAAACUAUCGGAUUUCUAGCUCCACCAGUAGAUCCAGAAAAAUUAGUAAUCUCACUACUUGCUUCAGACGAUACAUUCCAUAUACCACUAUUUGAAGCAGAACCACACCUAGAAAAUAAAGAUUUAGCGCCCUUAUACGAAGGAGUUAAAAAUUAUAUCAACUCGGCCAAGGCAAAAGGAAAAGUCGUCAGCACAAGCCAAGCAGAACAAUCCUCCUCACAAAAGGGACAGAAAAGUAAAGCUGCAGAAUUCAUUGGAAAAUACUUUUACGCACAGAAAAACCCCCGAUCAAGCUUUAGUCCAACCCCAGGAAGCGAAUCCGGAGAAGACGCGUUUCAAACUCCAAAUCAGUUGCCUGCACAAGUACAAGUCGACGAGAUAACACAAUCAAUCGACAAAAUCAUACGAAAAUAUAAAUUA